CUCCUCCUCCUGAUUGGCUGAAGGUCAAGGCGCACGCAAAGCGGCACGUCUUUGCCAAACAAUCAGAGGCUGCUGGAUAUCAAAUGCGUCUUCUUCUGCCCAAUUCUUUUUAAAAAUCAAUCCCUUCAAGCCUUUCGUGUUGUAAUCGUUUGAAAGGAUGGCGGAAAGCGAGGUGGACACGCCGAGCACCCCGAUUGAAUACGAGAGCAAAUACUUCGAGUAUGAAGGAGUUCGACUCCCUCCUUUCUGCAGGGGCAAGAUGGACGAGAUCGCCAACUUUUCGUUAAGAAGUAGCGACAUAUGGAUCGUUACAUACCCCAAAUCAGGUACGAGUUUGUUACAAGAGGUGGUAUAUCUUGUGAGUCAGGGCGCGGACCCAGAUGAGAUCGGGCUUAUGAAUAUUGAUGAGCAGCUUCCUGUGUUGGAAUAUCCACAGCCGGGUUUGGAGAUCAUCCAGGAACUGACGUCGCCUCGUCUGAUCAAAAGCCACCUGCCGUAUCGCUUUCUGCCCACAGCGAUGCACAAUGGUGAAGGCAAGGUGAUCUAUAUGGCCAGGAACCCUAAAGACCUGGUGGUGUCCUACUACCAGUUUCAUCGCUCUUUACGAACCAUGAGCUACCGGGGAACAUUCCAGGAAUUCUGCAGGCGAUUCAUGAAUGAUAAGUUGGGAUACGGCUCCUGGUUUGAGCAUGUUCAGGAGUUCUGGGAGCAUCGCAUGGACUCUAACGUUCUCUUUUUGAAAUAUGAGGAUAUGUACAAGGAUCUGGGGACCCUGGUGGAGCAGCUGGCUCGCUUUCUGGGUAUCUCGUGUGAUAAAGCCCAGCUGGAGAGCAUGGUGGAGAGCUGUAACCAACUCAUCGAGCAGUGCUGCAACUCUGAGGCCCUGUCCAUCUGCCGGGGUCGUGUUGGGCUUUGGAAGGACAUUUUCACUGUGUCCAUGAAUGAAAAGUUCGACGCUGUUUACCGACAGAAGAUGGCCAAGUCUGACCUGACCUUUGACUUUAUCCUGUGAGGGAGCGACACUGGACUAUCUGCUAACCGCUCGAGAACAAACCGACCAACCAAUCAGUUCACCUGCUGUGCUUAAUGUCACCUGAUAGACAUUUCCCAUCCAGAUUUUAUCUCUCCAUUCUCACCAUCUCUUGCUUAUCAAAGCUUUCAUUAUUUUCUCAAAAGUUACUUCUUAGUACAGAUACGCGGUCAGUACUAAGAGUCUUUUUUUUUUCUCGUGUGUAUUUGUAUAAACAGUGCAUCAGCAGUGCUAGUCCGAAGUGUAAGCACAGUGCUUGUUGCGUUUGCACAUUGUACAGAGCUAUUCCAUAUCCCAAAGGCGCUUAUGAAAAGUGUAUUUAUUAAAAAUCAGAAAUGGAAAAUGAUUUAGACUAUAUUCUAUAUGCUAAAGCCCUUACGACAAACUCAAAAAUCGUUGUCGUUUCUCAGGAGGAUUCUUGAAAUCAUUGGCUAAUACGUGCACCAAAUAUGCAGUCAUCCAAUCACUGUUCAGGUCCGUGAAAACCUGAGCCUCAUGAUGAAUGCUGAUUGGCUCCUGGCCAAAAGAUGUAAAGUGUGUGUGGAAUGUCAUUUCGCUUACUCUAGUGGCUUCUAGACGCUUUGACUUAUAUUCCAGUAUAGCUAUUCACUGAUACUAUACAUAUUUUACAUUUAUGUUACAUUUACUUACAUGCGUGUCCUUAAUUAGAGCGUAUCAUGUCUACAUAUUUGCAUAAGUGAGAAAUAUUAGUAACAUGAGCGUACGCAAUCUCUGUGUAAAGGAAUAAGAGAACAUUUUACAUCAGUUACAUGCACAUCAUAAUAUAAUACAUGACCAGAGUUUGCAUUUCAUCAUUUUGUCUUGGUAAAAAUGCAUAAGAUGAACUCAAAUACCAGCACUUAAAACAAAGUGACUUACAUAUCCAACAAUUGCUGUGUUUUGAACGGAAUACUAGCAUACUACAUAGUGUACAAUUUUUAAUAAAUAGUAUGUGCAGCAUGCAUUAUACCACUAAAUAGUUUGGUAUGUAAUAUUCUAUGCUUUAUUAAAUGCAUGAAUUAAAAGACAGACAGUCAUGUCAGAAAUUUUUGAUCAAAUUUGGCAGUCUGAUCAAAAAAUGAGAUGAUACUAUCUGGUUUAUAUGUAAUGCUGAGAAUGAUUUGAGUGUGUUGCAUUGUGGGAUUCAGUUUUCUGUGCAUCACGCACUAAUGCAAUGAAAAAGGUACAUGUAAAGUUUAGAAAAAAAUGUAAGAAAGAUUAUUUAAGUAUGUUUAAGAAAGUACAAUUUCAGUCUUUCCACUUUAAACAUUUUAGGAUUUAUUCAAUGUGUUACAUGCCACUUUUUGGUAAUUAAUUGUAAAGUUUACUAGCAAUUUUUGAGAAAAAGCUGAUUUUACACCCACUUUUUUAGUGUAGUAUGUAAGCUAAUAGUUAAUGCAUACAGGAAAUGUGCAUGCUGUGCAAAGUAUACAUACUGUGUACUGUAGAAAUAGUAAGAGUAGUAUACUAGUAUGCUAUUUUGAACAUUUUAUCAUUCAUUUUUUAAUUAUAGCAAAAAUACACUGAAAGUGUAGAAAUAAUUUAUACUCAUAAAUCGCUAGUAAAUUACUAAGAAAAGGCAAGUAACACAGAAUUAAAUAUGACAUUUUGAAGUAGAAAGACUUGGAAAUGGUGUUUUCUUGUAAAAUAUACUCCAAUAAUCUUAUUUUCAACUUUGACGUACAGUGUAGUAUGCUAGUAUGCUAUUUUGAAUUCAUGCAAUCACUUGAUUCAGGAAGAGAACUUCUGUUCAUACAGGAGAGAGGCUGUGAUGUCAUAAAGCUCUGAAACCUCACAUCCAAUCAGGAGUCAUCACAGACACCUAAUUCAUUCCUCUACAUACACCAUUUUCUCUUUAUUCGCACUCGCUAUCAUGCCUCUUUUUGUCUCUGGACACAUUAGCCUGAUGCUCUGAAUGUCUUUACUGUGUGGGACUCACAGGCUACUACCAACAUGUAUUAGUACUGCGGCCAGCCUGCACUCUGCUGUCUUAUGUAACUCAACACACUGGUUUCUUUUCAGUUUGCUUGCUGGUUUAUUAAUAAAGUGACAUCUUUAGGCCUUGA